CCGGCCCGACUGCCCGAGGCGACACGCACACCUGGAAGCAUCUGGAGGCGUGGCACCGCAGCCGCAGCCAGCCAGAACAGCCGUCGCCCGAACUGACCAGCCGUCACCCCGCGACACCAACGCACCUGGCGGCGGAGCGCCGACGAGAGCGGGCGGGCGGUCGAUCGGGAGGGCAGGCGAGAUCGAGGAGGCGCUGCCGAUGGACCCGUCCGACGUCGAGAUGGAGGAGUCCGCGGAGCAUCCGCCCCAGCCAACAACGCCGCCGCCGCCGCAGCCUCAGCCGGCGGCCACGGGAGAAGGGUGGAGCAUGCUGACCCGCGCCCGUGCGCUUCUCCAGGAGGGCCAGCCGUCCCUCGCUCUGCAGGCGAUACUCUUGGCCAUAAGAUCCCAAGGUGGUGAACUGGCUCUCAUGCAGACGCUGAACCGUGCACGUGAACUCUACAGGCAGAGAUCGCAGCCCAGUCCUAAUGUUGACGAGCUCACUUCUUUGCUCGCCCAAUGUGCCAUAGCAGAGGCUCAGUCAUCAAGCACCAAUCCGCAAGCAUCUGGUUCUGACCCUAUCGCGAUGUUGGAUUCUGAUGAGGCCUGCAUACUUGCUGAGUGUGGAAGGAAGCAGAUUAUCUUGGAUGCCUUCAACGACGGCAGCAGCUUCAUUUGCUUGAAAUGUGGUGGGCUAUUUAGCACGUCACGAAAAGAUGAGCACUUGGCCUACUGGUGUGGGGCUGCAUGAUCCUGGUGAUAACUUCUUGCUACUGUAUAUCGGUGGUUGCCCCAGACGUUGGUCAUGAUGCCGGUGAUAUUUGUAAAACCCGCUCUCUUUUCCGAUUACCGUAUCUUUACGAAGAUGCCAGAGAUACAUAUUCUGUUCACUGGAGAAAAUACAUAGCCAAUGCAGAGCAUUAUGAACUAAAGUCACCGCUUCCUUGUAUUGUACUGUGGUCUUAUGGCGCCUUUUUGGUGGCGGUAAAUCUAGCUAUGAUGUGGCAUUGUCCUUGGUUAUUCUCUCAAGGUGUCAUCAAAUCCUCAUAGUUUGGUGAGGACAAUUUUUUGCGUUCAUCAUUUGCUAACUGAUGAUGUGUCCCUUUUAGCUAUGAUUUGCUGAUUCAAACACCCCUAGGUGGUAUCCAUGAGCAGAUCUGUAAGAUACGCCAAUGUUGUCACUACCUGCUACCGUACUUUUAGUAUGGUUUCUUUA